AGCAGGUUCCUCCCCUCCUAUAUUAUUCUCCAUAUCUUCAAUGAUUCCCAAUUACAUAAUCAAAUAACAACAAAUCUAUUCAAAAUUACAAAUUGCCAAUAUUGUGUGAGAUAUCCAAAUUACGCCCAACGACUCCUCUUUUUCUCUCUCAAUUAAAGCUACCAGGAAAUCACCAUUGAAGUUCACCUACAAAUCAUAUUCAUAUCUCAACCUUGAAGCUCCACCAUUGUUCUCUCUUCAUCUCUCAGGUUCUUUUAUCUCUGUAGGAUAUGUUGGGAUCAAAGUGGAAGCACUUGGGAGAACUCAAAAAUAAUGCUAUGGAAAACACUUCUAAUAUUACAGUUGAUUCGGAUUUGUGUGGAGAGGAUGGUUGGACUAUUGUUAAGAAACAGAGAGUUAACAUUCUAAUACCCCGUCUUCCCAGUACUGAACAGUCUUCAGUGCCUGAUCUUGAACAAGGUCAGCUGCGUGGAAGUUUGUCUUGCAAUAUGACUAAUAAUCCAUCAGAGCUUCCGCUGGAGAAGCCUCUGAAGGCAAAUUUUAUUGAGGGAAAUGAUGGAUCACUGUCUUUGUCUUCGAAAUCAAAUACUCAAUCUAGUGCAAAAGUUCAUUCCCCUGUAGAUAAUGCAGUAGCAAUUCUGAAUUCACGAAAGCCAGUUUUGAGGAGACUGGCUUUGGAGGACCAAGUAGGUGCUUCGAGAUCCUUUUCUGGAAAGACAGAAAAUCAUCUGAAAUUUCGUAAAACUUCUCCAAAGCUUGUCAGAACUUUCAUGCAACCUGAGCUCUCUGUUAUUUGCACACCGUCUAUUACCAUCAAAUAUUUCAAUAAGAAGACGCGGGCAUCAAAUCUUGAAAGAAACAUAAUAAGUGCGGGUGGAUUGGGCAAGUGGCUUUCUUCUCUUGGACUGGAGCAAUUUGAGGGAAUUCUCCGUGCUAAAAAUGUCAAUAAAUUUCAGUUGGUAGAUCUGUCUAUGAAGAAGCUAAAGGAUAUGGGUGCUCAUGCUGUUGGACCUAGAAGAAAGUUGAUUCAUGCUAUAGAGUGUGUUUGUCAUCCAUACAGUUUUGAACCUUUCAAAAAAUUUCAGAGUCAAUUGAGAUAGUGAUAGUAACUCAAAGCUCAUGUACUCUACGCGUAUGUUGACGUUUCUAUUUCCUGGCAUAUUGUGUAGUUGGGCAAAAAAUAUGCUCUAUGAAGCUGAUGUAUCCAAUGGUGUGUAUACAAGUAUUACAGUAAGAUUUAAGCAAGUUCUACCCAAUAUGAAGCUUAUUUUGUAUUA